CAAGAGUCGGAGUUUAAUUGGUCAGUUCUAGCUGCGGGCGGUGCCCGUGCAUGGAGUUCCCUAAGGAGACAUGGCCGUUCUGGGCGUGCAGCUGGUGGUGACGCUGUUCACAGCCACUCUCAUGCACAGGAUGGCUCCAUACUGCUCCUUCGCUAGAUGGCUGCUCUGCAACGGCAGUCUCUUUCGAUACAAGCACCCGUCGGAGGAGGAGCUUCGGGCGCUGGCAGAGAAACAGAAGCCCCGAGGCCGGCGGGAUCGACGGCCCAAUGGCCCCGGUGAUGAGAAGCCACUGCUGGUGCCCCGGGAUGUCCCGUUACAGCUGGAGACCUGCCCCCUCACCCAGGUGGACACCGUAGUCCUGCGAUUCUUCCUGGAGUAUCAGUGGUUCGUGGACUUCUCGGUGUACGCGGGCGGUGUGUACCUCUUCACCGAGGCCUACUUCUACCUGCUGGGUCCGCGGGAGGCCAACAUCUCCGUGUUCUGGUGCCUGCUAAUCGUGGCCUUCUCCAUCAAGGUGCUCGCGACACUGACGCAACUGUACUUCAGCGUGCAAGGUGGUGAGCGGGCUGUGUGCUGUGCCUCCGCCUUCCUCUUCCUCCUCCUGGCCAUGCUGGUGCAGGCAGUGCGGGAAGACGUGCUAGAGCUGGGCCUGGAGCCGGGCCUGGCCAGCGUGACCCAGAACCUGGAGCCGCUCCUGAAGCAGCUGGGCUGGGACUGGGCGCUGCCUGUGGCCACCGUGGUCAUCCGCGUGGGGCUGGCCAUGGUGGGCUCCGUGUUGGGUGCCUUCCUCACCUUCCCUGGCCUGCGCCUGGCCCAGACCCACCGUGAUGCGCUGACCAUGGCAGAAGACCGACCCCUGCUGCAGUUCCUUCUGCACACCAGCUUCCUGUCUCCACUGUUUGCCCUGUGGCUCUGGACCAAGCCGAUCGCGCGGGACUUCCUUCGUCAGGAGCCCGCCGGGGCAUCACCCCGGGGCCUGCUGUCAGACUCGGCCUUCGACUCGCUGCGCCUGUGGGUACUGGUCGUGCUGUGCCUGCUGCGCCUGGUGGUGACGCGGCCCCACCUGCAGGCCUACCUGUGCCUAGCCAAGGCGCGAGUGGAGCAGCUGCGCAAGGAGGCCGGCCAGGUGGAGGCGCGCGAGAUCCAGCAGCGGGUAGUACGGGUCUCCUGCUACGUGACAGUGGUGACCCUGCAGUACCUGACGCCGCUCAUCUUCACGCUCUACUGCACGCUGCUGCUCAAGUCUCUGGGCUGCUACUCUUGGGGCCUAGGCCCAGCGUCCCCGCUGUCGGUGGCCCCAUCCUCAGCCAGUGCUGGCCACCUGGAGGACGAGGCGCAGCGCACAGCAGCGGGCAUCGCAGCGGUCCUUCGAGGCCUGGCGACGCCCCUGCUGUUCCGCGGCAUCCUGGCCUUCCUCAUCUGGUGGACAGCUGCCUGCCAGCUUGUCUCCAGCCUCUUCGGCCUCUACUUCCACCAGCACUUGGCGGCCUGCUAGCCGCACCCCCAACCGUCCUGGUCCUGAAGUGAGGGUCCGGGCUGCCACUCUGCAUGCCUCAGCGUCGUCUGCAGCUCCUCACCGAGUGCAGUGGCGUGCCUGCGGCCCCCUCGAAUUUAACACCCCAGCUGGGGGCGGGAGGCUGCGAAGCCCCUGUCCCCGGGUGGACGCGCAUUGGCUGAGCCAAGGCAGCUGCUCUUGGGAAUGGAGCAACCACCGUGUGCGAAUGGGAUCCACGUGGUGGAGUGCAUGACCAAGCCCAGGGAGAAGUCAUUUAGGUUUUUAUUAAAUAUACUCUCUUGGCACAAACCUUUAAAAUAUAAACAUUAUAUAUAAACAAAA